UGCAACAUGAGGUCUUGUGCAUCCACCGAGAUGAUUUACUAUUGGACAAACAUACUUAUAUUCACUAUCAUCUUUGAACAUGUUAACAGAUGUCAUUCUUCAGAUAACAUCAGUGUGCCGGACAUUGUCAAACUUCAGGCUUUGGACAUGUGGACAUUGGAGAUGAAGAUGAGUGAAGAACAAAGAAACCAGACAUAUGAAAUACAAGUUGCUCGCACAAAAAACAUGGAUAUAAUCGACAGAAUGUCAUUGAAUGCUGUUGCUGACACAGUGAUCUGGACGUCACAGAUGCCGCUGAACUGCACAGAUCAUUCUGUGAGAAUAAGACGCAUCUCUGAUAACUCGACACUUGGAUCCUGGAGUGCAUGGAAAACUCACUAUGGGGAUGAGAACUUGUCUCAAGGUGUCAAGAUGUAUCCAGAAAACCAGGUGCUGAAAGAGGGUUCCACGUUGCUGUUCUGCUGUGUUUAUUCAGAAGAUGCCCACAUCACCGAUAUGUUCUUUAGCAGGAUCAAAUACAAAGUCAUCAACAUAAGCUCACGGGUCAAAGCCAUUAAAGUGGAAAACAUCAGUGUCACAAACCUGUACGGUGUCAGUUUUUACUGCACUAAAGAGAGUUCUUUGGGAGCUUUGAACUUUGUCACCUUCCCCCCUGAGAAACCUCAUUCUAUUCGAUGUGAGACCACAGACUUGAGAAAGAUCUGGUGCACAUGGAAAGUAAGCAGAGCUCCAAACCUGAGCGGAAGCCGCAAAAGGAAGUACAGAUUACUUAUCAGCGACUCGGAGGCUGUCACGUGUAGUCUGAAGAACAGUCAUCUGGUCUCCUGCAGUUUUCCAGUCAUCCAACAGCAGGUCACUUACAACAUCACUUUACUUGUAACAAACAGUUUGGGGCGAGAGAGUGAAAACUACAUAUUCAGCAUCACAGACACGGUUUUUCCACUCCCUGAGCGUUCUGAAGUGACGGCGGGUGUGUCGGAUGCUGUGAUGGACUUACAGUUGAAUGGACGCUUUAGAGGUCUGUACAUUAUUUGUCAGAUUGAAGUGGAGCCAGGAGGGAUGACACAGGAGUUACAGAUGAAUGGUUCAGAUUCACUUCAGCAUUUCAUAUUCGAGGUACAGAAACUGGAGCCCAGCAUGAGAUACACCACUAGGGGGCGCUGCGCCACACAGGACAAUGACUGGGGCCGAUGGACAUCAUCCAGAGCAUUUCUCACAGGGCCUUUGGUGACGGUGGAUGUGUGGAGGCAAAUCAGAAAUAUUCCCGUUCGCACCGUCACACUUCUCUGGCACACUGUCAAAAGUGAACCAGAAAUGUAUAUCGAAGCCUAUGAGGUUUGUACAAACCACACAGAUCCACAUAGCAAUAAGUGCAUCAAUGUCACACAGACACGUGUGGAUUUACCCGUUGAUGUCCACGUGUGUGACUUCACGGUGAGGGCGGUCUCUCAGACAGGUUUGUCUGUACCAUCACAGAUUACUAUUCCUUCAGCAUUUACAGAGGCCGUGAUGUAUGAGAAGAGGAUUGUGGGUAACGCAGAGGGAUUUCAGCUCUCCUGGACCAGGAGUUCCUCCUCAACGUGCAACUACACUGUAGAGUGGUGCAUGCUGGGAGUCGCUUGCUCCUUACAGUGGAGAAAAGUCCCGGUUAACCAGACUUACCUGUCACUCGAAGCAGGGUAUUUCAAACCGGGUGUGAGAUACACUUUUACUGUCUACUGGUGUAACGCAGAAGGACACAAACCUCAUGAGAAACACAUCGGAUACUUUGUAGAACAGAACCCCACGCAGUGCCCCACACUGGAUCCUCAUCCAAGCGUGAGUUUCUCUUCUGUGAGGCUAAAAUGGAGUUUUGAUGAGGACGACCCUACUCACACCGGAUUCAUCUUAGGAUAUGAGCUGACGGUGCAGAGAGAUUUAGAAAGUGAUAUAUCCCAGAGUUCUCACAGACAGAUGAUAAAUAAACCCUACAGUAAAUCUUUUACAUUCAGUGAUCUUGAGGAAGACCGCUCGUACACAUUUCAUCUGUCUGCAUGUUCAUCGGCGGGCUGUGGACCGGAGACCUCCAUCACCAUCACAACCAGAAAAAACUAUUAUCUGUUGUCAGCUAAGAUUUUAGUUCUGCUCCUGGUGCUGGUCGGCUGUUCCGUUUGUCUGCGUAAUUGCCAAAAAGUACUAAGAAAAAUUCCUGAAGAAUUCCGUUUUCUGAACAUAAAAGCGCUGGACCUGGAUGAAGAUCUUUAUGAAGCGAGUGAAAAGAUCCGUACUUUCAGGAUAGAGGAGUGUCAUUGGUGUGAUGUUGAGGUUUUAGAUGUGCAUCACCACACCAUGAUACAGAACACAUGGCUGACCGACGCUGAGGAUCUGAGUCAUCCGUUCAUUACUCAAAAAGUCACAGUACCGUCAGUCCUAAAGCCAUCUUACCAGCUCACUUCAGGAAUAUGGGACAGUCCGACCAGAGAUCUCACAAACUUCAGCUAUGUGUCUUCUGAACAGCAGGAUUUAUCUGAUAAGAUGUUUGAGACGGAUGGAAAAGUGCAGGAGGCCAAGACUUCUGGGGUUAUAAGUGAUUACAUCACAUCUGUAGCAUUCUGAAACCUUUAUAAUGUGGUCAUUUAAACUAGAGCUCUUCAUAAAAUUAAAUUGAGGCAACUAAAUAAUCACAUAUAUUAUAAAUAAUUUGUUGUUUAUUUAGAUCUUUCUUAUACUAUUGUUUUGAACAUAAGCCUAUCAGCUGUCCGAGUUAGAAUCUCAUGUUGUUGUUGUUUUUAUCAUACCAUUUAAAGGGACAGUUCAACCAAAAAUACAAAUUCUGUCAUCAUUUACUCACCCUUUAAAACCUGUAUGACUUUCUUUCUCUUCUGCAAAACCCAAAAGAAGAUAGUUUGAAGAAUGUUGAUAAUCAAACAAAACUGAACCCCAUUGUAUGAACACAAAACCCUUUCUCAAAAUAUCUUCUUUUGUGUUGCACUAAAAUAAAAUCACAAACAGGUUUCAAACAUGAAGGUGAAUUAAUUAUGACUUUUUAUUUUAUGGUGAACUCUCCCUGUAUCAUCAGAAUAAAUGAGCAGAUUGAAUUGAGCUUGUUUAAACACUCAAAGCAACCCAACAGAGGUGUUAAUUCAUCAGAUGUUCAGUAAGAUCCUCGUGUUAUUUGUCUCAGAAGGUUUUUGUGUGAAGGGCCCCAUUUAUUCCAGCCUUACAUGACAAAUGACAAUAUCUGUGAACUCAUUAUGCAAUUUUUACAUUAAAUUUUUAC